AUGCAGCAGCCACAGGGUUAUGUUCAUCCCUCUAAACCUCAUUAUGUCUGCAAAUUACUCAAAUCUCUUUAUGGAUUGAAGCAGGCACCCCGGGCAUGGUUUGAGAGGUUCACUUCUCAAUUGCUUCAUCUUGGUUUUGUGGCUUCCUUGGCAGAUUCUUCUCUGUUUGUUUAUCAGUCUGGCUCUACUAUUCUCUACCUACUGCUGUAUGUUGAUGAUAUUAUCAUCACUGGUAAUGCUCCUAACCAGAUUACCUGUCUCAUCUCAGCUCUCAGUGCCACUUUUGAUCUCAAGGAUCUUGGCCCCCUCAAUUACUUUCUGGGUAUUCAAAUCACACCCACCAAGUAUGGUCUUACCUUAUCCCAGACAAAGUAUGCUUCUGAUGUUCUUCAUCGUUUCAAUAUGCAUAACUCCAAGACUAAAACUCCCUGUUGUCCUGCCACAAGACUUACUCCAGACUUUGGUAUGCCCUUGUCUGAUCCAUCUACUUAUAGAAGCAUGGUUGGCGCACUGCAGUACCUUACAUUCACUAGACCAGAUUUGGCAUUUAGUGUUCAUCAGUUAUGUCAAUUUAUGCAAUUUCCUACAUCUACUCAUCUGGAGGCUGCUAAGAGAGUUCUCAGAUAUGUGAGGGGCACUCUUUCUCAUGGCAUUUAUUUCUCUCGAGGUCCCUUUACUUUAACUGCCUUCACAGACGCUGAUUGGGCAGGUGACCCUUUUGACAGGAAGUCCACCACUGGGUUUAUGGUGUUUUUAGGCUCCAAUCCUAUUUCUUGGUCAUCUAAGAAGCAGAGCACUGUGUCCAGAUCCUUCACAGAAGCUGAGUAUCGUGCACUUGCCACCACUGCUGCUGAGCUUUCCUGGCUUCAUCAGUUGUUUCGUGAUCUUCUACUUUUCCUUCAUCAUGUUCCAGUUUUAUGGUGUGACAAUGUGUCUGCCCUUGCUCUUGCUUCGAAUCCAGUUUUUCAUGCUCGUACUAAGCAUGUCGAAGUGGAUUAUCAUUUCAUCAGAGAACGUGUUCUUCGCAAGGACUUAGCUAUUUCCUUUGUUUCUGGCAAAGAUAAUCUUGCAGAUAUAUUCACUAAGCCUUUGCCUGGUCCUUUGUUUCUCCUAUUUCGGGACAAACUCAUGCCUCGUUCCUUCCCCAUUCGUUUGAGGGGGGAUGAUAACAAUAGAAAAACAGAGCAUCAUUUACAGUUAAAGGAAGAAGAUGGUUAA